AUUAUCACAGAAGCGACGGAAAUCAUAGAACCAACCCAACACACAUUGUUUGUUGCUGUGAAACAAUUUCUCAGUCCACAUGGAUUACCCAUUUGGCCAUCACUCUCACACCCACCACCACCGUGCCGAUGAAAGAGACGAAGACUACCCACCACCACCACCGCCUAACUUCGGUCACCCACCACCACCUCCACCUUCCUAUUACGCCCAAAACGAGCCACCACCACCUCCGCCUUCCUAUUACGCCCAAAACGAACCCACCCACGUCUACCACAGCUCCCAUGUAGGAGGCGAAUCCGAUUACUAUGCUCAGCCGCCGCCACCGCGUCGGCGACCGGAGUCAGAGGAGUACAACUACUCCGAUUCUCACAAUUACCCACCACCGCAAACCCAAUUUGAUGGUGGUUAUUCUUCUGUCCAACAUGUCUCUCACCAGACACCCACUGAAAGCGAAAACAACCCACACCACUAUCAGCCCCAUGUGCCCUCAUUCCUUCACCACCACACCCACCACGAGGGGGGUUCCGAUUUGGCCGAUAAACCCGCUGUUAGGGUUUUCUCCAAGGCUGAGGAGAAUUACUCCCUCACCAUCCGUGACGGGAAGGUUGUUCUUGCCCGUUCAGAUCCAUCUGAUCAGUUCCAGCACUGGAUCAAAGAUGAGAAGUUCAGCAUCAGAGUGAAGGACGAAGAGAAGUUUCCCAGUUUUGCUCUGGUCAAUAAAGCCACUGGUCAGGCCAUCAAGCACUCCAUUGGUGCCACUCAUCCGGUGCAGCUGAUUCCUUACAAUCCAGAUACUCUUGAUGAAUCAAUCCUGUGGACUCUAAGCAGAGACUUGGGAGAUGGUUUUAGAACAAUAAGGAUGGUCAAUAACAUUAAGCUGAAUGUUGAUGCAUUCAAUGGUGAUAAAAAUCAUGGGGGUGUCCAUGAUGGCACUACCAUUGUUCUUUGGGAAUGGAAGAAAGGAGAUAACCAACGUUGGAAGAUCGUUCCCUAUUGAUAUUCGAUAGUAUGUGGCGUUGCCAUGUCUGGAGGCCUCUUUUGCUUGUGAGCAUAUGACUAGAGAAGAAACGCUGUGCGUUCUAUGUGUGUGUGUGUGUCUGUGGAUUGUAGUUUUCUGUAUGCUUGUGUGCCCGCCGGUACGCUGUGUGCGACUUACCCAAAAACAAAAAUAAUUUAUGUGGUUUGUGAAAAUCGUGGUGUGUUACUUAGACCCUCAUACUGCACCUACUCUACAUGAUAUAUAUUAUUUUGAACUUAUAUUUCUAUAA